AUGGUUAGUAGAACGCAAACGAUCAUAUUAUACCGACACCAGAAUGCACUUCUGGACUUGAAUUGUGCUCAGCGAGCUCGCUCCACUAACCACUCGCUCGGAUUUAGCAUUGUUGGUGGUGUUGACUCACCUCGAGGACCAAUGGGUGUUUUUGUGAAAACUCUCUUCGCUAACGGUCUUGCAGCUCAUAGUGGACUCAUUAAGAAAGGCGAUGAAAUCGUUAAUGUAAAUGACAUUGAAUUGUAUGGUAAGACGCAAUCACAAGUUCUGAACAUCUUCAAAUCGGUCUCGAAGAUGGAUGUUACACUCGCAAUUCGAAGGUCGGCACCUGAUUGUCAUCGCAGUACAUAUUGCGUUGGAAAUGUUGAUAUGAAACUAACCGAUACAAUAGUGGACAACACAGUCUUCUCGUUGGCAAAGGACUCACUCAUCAAGGCAAGGCAUGAAUUAGUGUUUAUGAUGAGUCUCUCAUCAUAA